GUACUGGAAGAAGAACAACACAGGAAAAACAAAAUGGCUGUGAAACGAAGCUAACAUAAACAUCAAGCACGGACACUGAAGCUGGAGCGAAGAUAACAUUACCCGACGGCCCGUUGACGUUGCGAAUGAGAUUCAGUAUUCCUACCUUGAGAGAGGGACGAUGAGCCACCGGUUGGAGCGCCGUGGCAUCCAUCUGGACCAGUCUGAACUGCUGUGCAAGAAAGGCUGUGGUUUUUAUGGCAACACAGCCUGGAAGGGCUUGUGCUCAAAAUGCUGGCGAGAGGAAAAUCAGCGAGACCGACAGAAACAGAUACAAGAAGACUGGGCACUUGCAGAGAGGCUGCAGAGAGAGGAAGAAGAAGCGUAUGCAAGCAGACACCAGAAGGCACAGCCACAACCCACCGCUACACCCUUGAGCAAGUUUGAGGACAGAAAAAACAAGGAGAAGUCCAGCAAAGUCAAUACAGUCACAAAGUUUUUUUCUCCUUCCACAAAGACACCACCCAAAAGAGAUUCUGGUCCCUUUGAGAGUCAGUCCACUCCCAGUCCUAGCUCCAGCUCCUCAGCGAACCGGCCCACUGUGGACACCGACCGUGCCACACGAGAGUUCAUUGACUUUCUCAAACCUCUGAAGCAUGGCAGGGAGAUCUUCAAACAGUGCCGCGCCUUCACGGAGAGCAUGGCCUACAAGAAGGACCAAGGUCCUGAUGAGCUGUCAGAAUGUGCCCAGGACUUUUACCAGAGCCUCUCAGAGCGCCUCCAGACCCAAUUCAAAGGUUCGAUGGACCGUGUAGAGUGUGUUAUGGAUGAAGUAGAGAAAUACAUGAUGACUCGUCUCUAUGAGGAAGUCUUUUGUCCCGAGACCACAGAUGAUGAGAAGAAAGACCUGGCCAUUCAAAAGAGAAUCAGGGCCUUACACUGGGUCACCAUUGAGAUGUUGUGCGUUCCUGUGGAUGAGGAGAUCCCUGAGGUUUCUGAUAGUGUUGUCAAAGCCAUCACAGAUGUGAUUGAGAUGGACUCAAAGCGUGUGCCCAAAGACAAGUUGGCAUGCAUCACACGCUGCAGCAAACACAUCUUCAAUGCCAUCAAGGCCACCAAGAGAGAGGCGGCAUCUGCGGACGACUUCCUCCCCACACUCAUCUACAUUGUGCUGAAGGCAAACCCUCCACGACUGCAGUCCAAUAUCCAGUACAUCACUCGCUUCUGCAACCCCAGCAGGCUCAUGACUGGAGAGGAUGGAUACUACUUCACUAACCUGUGCUGCGCGGUGGCCUUCAUAGAGAAGCUUGAUGCCCAGUCUCUGAACCUGAGCUCCGAAGACUUUGAGCUCUACAUGUCCGGCCAGGCGUCCCCCCAGAGGUCCCAGGCCUCCGGAGCUUCCUCGUCCUCCUCGGGCAGUGCAGCCCUCAACCAGGUCCACAAACGGCUGGACCUGCUCACAGGCCUGGGGGUGCGGCAGGAGCGGGUCAUGGAGGAAGCUCGCCAGCUGGAGAGCGACCUGAUCGACUGGACGGACGGAGUGGAACACAAGGUGCAGGAUGUUCUGCAGAGAUUUCCACUGGAGACACAAACCUCCUCCACGGCCGCGGCUACUGGGACGCCUGCAGCAGCGUCAGCAAUUGACUCUGAUAAUGUUGAAAAUGACCUUCUGCCACCGCCACUCCAACCACAGGUGUUUGCUGGGUGAUAUGAAGAUCUUAGACCUAAAACCCUCUGGAUGCUUUACUCCUCCUCUCCCUUUCCCCUGUUGUUCAAGCUUCCUGUCCAUAUGCACAUACAGCAGCCCUCUGACAUGGGUCUCAGUUCCACUCCAGACAUUUGUGUUGGUCACACAGUGUGGCAUCUUGAGUACCUCAGUCCUUAUUCUCCUUUGUCGUUGCUCUCUCAUUUAUACUGUUGGUAUAAAUGUCAGGAUGCAAUUUUAAACAUAUUUGUGUCAUUUAGGACUUAUCAAGUAUUUAAUAUAGAAAAUUGCGCACACGUGAGGGGCAGACUUGCAGAGCAAAGUUCAUGAAAGAACAAAUGGGCAACUCACUCAGCCCUCCAUUUUUUUAAUUAGUCAACACCAAAUGUUUCCGACUGCUGUCUCCAGCAGGGUGCUGCACAGGGUUGAUUGAUUCACCUUUCCUUAAAUACACAGGUUAAUUAGUCAUAUGAUUUACACAGACAGUGUUCAGUGAUUUGGCUUGGUUCUCUACAAAAUCUACAAAAUAGAUAUAAGAUAUUAUAUAAUUCAAAGCACCACAGUUUAAAAAUCAUAUAAAAUGCUGUUUUAAAAAUACAGUUUCCAUACACAUCUUCCCAUUUGGUUUAAUAUAAACACACAGUUUCAUUUUUAAUGAAGAAAAAGAUCGCAAAAAAUCUCAAAAUACUCACUAAAAACAUUAUUUCAAAUGUCACAGGGCUAAAUGUGAAUUGCAAAAUGCCCUACUUUUAAGAAGCAUCUCCUCCAAGAAGUCUAAUAACCCUACAUUUUUGAGGAAAUGUGAGUCAACCCUGUUUAGGGCAGUAGUGAAAAAUGCUUGGUAUCGACUGAUUUAAAAAAAAAAAAAAAAAAAAAAAAAAUGAAGGAGAAGAGUUUAGCAACUUGUCCAUUUUUUUUCUAUUCUAGGACUUUUCAGCAACGUAAGAUACAUUUUGGGUGAAGGAGAUGAAGCAACCUGAAUUCUUGUAAACCUUGAGGAAAUAACCCUACAGUUCAUGCUAGUGAUUUGAACUCUAGUAACUAUUCCACUGUCCUACAUAGUGUGGGAAAUUUCAGUAGUGCAACAGAAUGUGUGUGUGUUUGUGUGCGUGUGUGUGUGUGUGUUUGGUUGUUUUGGGUGCAGGUCAUGAUAAUUGCGUUUGUAUGUGCAUGUGGGAUAACUUGCAUGGACAUGUCCAUUUGUUAAUUUUAUUACAGCAGAGAGUAGGGCUGCCCCCUGAAUCACCAGUCAUAAACCCGAAGAGUCUUGUUUUGUUUUUUAGGUAGUUAUGGAGCACUGACGGUAAAACAAGACGCAUUCCCUUAAAAAUGCACUGGAAAUGUACUGCAAUUGGAAACGGAAAAUUAUUAGGUUUUAUAUCCUUUAGAACUGGUAGAUGCACCAUUAAUUGAAUAAAAUGGAGAAAGGCAGAGGACAGUACCGAAGCAACUCUGCCCAUAAUCAACAUGACAAUAUUUUACAUGCAAGUGCGUAAAAUCGAGACAGUACCUACAGUACCAAACAAAAGCCCACUGAGCUGGUGGAGGGCAAAUGAGGACCUCUGUCCAGUGCUGGUGAAAGCAGCCUCAUGGCACACUCCAUCAGAGGGUGAUGUGGGAGGGGGGCAAAGAUUCGUCGAAGUCAGUUCAUAUCGAAAGGCCGACUCUGGAAAUAUUUAAGUUGGGUACAGCCCUGCACUUGUGUGUAAAUACUGUAGCCUCUCUUCCUGCCAGACUUGUCACUCCAGUCAUAAGCUGUAUGUACAGAGGUGAUUUUAUUUUUCUAUGGAGUGUCAGGUAUGAAUUCUUCUGGAUGCAGUAGGAGACAUUAUUCUGUAAUAUUUACAGUACUGUUUAUGUCAAAGAACAUUGUAUGCAGAACAUAGAUGUCUUAAAGACACGUUACAUUAAUUCAGACGAUUCGAUAAUAAUUGGUUGAAAUCUCAUUUUCGGUGUUUUUAUUUAUCAGGAGCAUGUCAUAGGUCCACCACAUAAUCUAUUUACAGAAGAAUUAUCAUUUUGCUUUUUGCUUUGUCAGGUGUGUUGGGUGAGUGGGUUAGAAGACAAAGAUAAUGCUGUUCUCCUUAAUCUCUGGAUAUGAAAUCAUUCCUAAAGUCUACUGCUGAAUCAGUGCAAAAGAAUCAGUAUUACCCGUUUGAUUUAAACUAAUUUAAGUGCAGCACUUUUCUUUAGCUUGAUUUAAGUGAUCUUAAUGCAGAUGUGUAUUUAAUGAAGGAAAAAUGUGCCGUCACUAAAGCAGUGAUAAUGUUGAGUAGGUUGCAAACUAUGGAAAUCUUUGGUGAAAACAGUGUUGUGGAUUGUCACCAAUAGAGACCGUUUUCAGCUGUGUCUGUGUCUUGGGCAAUCCUCUUGUAAACAUGUUUGGAAGUGACACGUUUGGAAGUUUGGUAUUUCUGAGAAAUGGGUGAUGGGCACAUGUCUUGUGUUUUUUUUUUUUUCCUCCAUACUUUUGAACUAAAGUUUUGUUGUUGCUAAACACUAGACGUUGAUCUUUUUCAUUUACAUUUGCAACAUUUGAGUCGGUAUACAUCUGCUGUUUUUGUUUUUCAAAAGGCUUUUGAUUACAAGUUUGAACAAUAAUAGAUUGAAUAACUGCAUAUUUCAUUGUAUGCAGAAUACAUUUAUCAGGUAUCUUGGAAGUAAAAGAAACAUCUUUGUAACCUUAUAGGUUGGUUAUUGUAUCACAAGGGAGUAAGUAACUCAAUGCUGUCUUUUAUUUAAAUGUAACUUAUUGGGGCAGUGUUGUUUUAUUAGCAUCCAUGGGCUUGUGUUGAUAAAUAAUUAAAAACUCAAAACACA